UGCUGACUUAUUUUCCUAACUCAAAAAAAUCACUGCUUCUUGCAUUACUGAAGAUCUCAAGACCUGGACUACUAUUGAAGAAAUUUCCAGGGAGAAUCACAUGAUAUAAUGAAUGCACAGAAGAAAACAGAAGUAAGAUGCAGAUCACUCAAAGUCUUCCAGAUAAUUGAAGGAGUCAGGAAUAUUUUUUAAAAGAAAUUAAGGAACUAUUAAAGAAUUUCAGCAGUAUUGUGCUGGGGGUAAUAGAGAAAAAAUUGACUCUAUGAAAAAUCUAAAGAACUUAAGCCUGAAAGGAGAAAAAUCAAGCAACUAUUGAAAUAAUUGUACCAAUAAAUACUGUGACCCUACAAAUAAAGCUUGUAGAUAUUCAGCAAGUGACAGCAAUGGGGCACAGAGGACACAGAAUGCAUGCUCCAACACCAGAGAGACACGGUGCUAAUGAGAACUGGUUAGGGAGCAGCCAAGUGGACAAGGGUCAGGAACUGAGCCUGGAAGUGGAGUGCAGCAGCAGAUGGUCAUACCUUGGUAGGUGAGAGGCUGCACCCAUUGGCAGAGCAGCCACUUCAUGCAUAACAGCCCAGCAGAGAGUCAGAACAGGGAUAGCCAGGGAUAGGCUACAGGUCCAAGAGAGAAGGAAAGGGAAGCCAGGGACUCUGACCCCAGCCAGCCCUCAGACUAAGCCCUGCCAUGACUGCCUAUUUCCAGACCUCCUUUGACCACACCCACCACUGAAUCCACUCAGCUAUGAUCACUCACAGGGAAGAAUUUCUUAGAAAUGUUUACAGCAGCAUCUCUCUACCCAUUUCCACAGCUAUACCUCUGGCUCAUCCAUAACUUGAGAGAUGGUGAACGAAUAUAAGAAAAUAGUUCUGCUGAUAGGGUUAGAGGCCAUCAAUGAUUAUCACUUUAGACUAAUUAAGUCCUUAUUGGCCAAAGAUUUAAAACUGACUAGAAAUAUGCAAGAUGAUUUUGACAGAAUUAGGAUUGCUGACUUGAUGGAAGAGAAGUUCCAAAAUGACGCUGGGCUGAGAAAACUGAUAGCAGUGUGCAGAGACAUACCAGCACUUGCAGACCUCGCCGAAACUCUCGAAAAACGGAGGUUGAAAGUUAAAAGAAAAUCCAAAGGGGAAAGAAAAUCUACAGUGAAAAAAGGUCAGCAGGAUGAAACUACUACUGCCCCUUCUACAUCCCCAACAAAACCAGAUUCGGAACCAGAAUCAAAGGAAGAGAUCCCUUCAUUGAAGGAAAACAAAAUCAAGAAAUCUGAAGACCCUGAGGGAAUGCAGCUUCCCCGGGAGCAGAGGCAGUCUCUAGCACCUUCAGCAACCAGCAAACAGAAAACUGAGGGCUGUCCCCAGACUCCUCAUGGGCAUCCACCAACACCAUUCAGCAGUCCUCCAAUCAAGGGACCCAAGCGUAAGAAGUCUGUAUCUUUCAUGAAUGAGGAAGAAAAAAAUUUUUCAAAUCUUCAGGAGGUUCAGGAAAUGGAUGACACAAACAACCAAACACAUGAUAACGUGAAGGUACAGGAAUCUCAGGGACAGUGUCAACUCUCAGAACUGUCAGAAGUUGGCACACAAACAUCUGUGAGUAUGUUCCACACGUUGGAGACGUCUCCCAGAAAACCAUCUGGCAGUCUCCAGACUCCUCAGAUGCCUCCAACAGCACCAUCUGGAAGAACCCACACUACGGAUUUAUCUCCAACAUCAUCCAGAGAAAUCCAGAUGCCACACUUAAAGAUAACAUCAUCUUCAACGUCAUCCAGCAGAAUGCAAACUCCUCAGUUAUCUCCAACAUCAUCCAGCAGAAUCCAGACUCCACAUGUGCAGCCAGCAGUAUCAUCCACCAGUCUCCAGACUCCUUCAGUGUCUCCAACAUCAUUCAGCAGUUGCUUACUCAUGAAUCGAAGAUUGACAACUAUACCUAAAGAAGCUUCCAAAGAAUGUGGCUACCAGAAGGGCCCCAAAGAAGUGAUGGUGUUGAAAGCAACAGAAUCAUUUACAUAUGAGUUCAAAGAAUGUGAGAAAAGAAUGUUUCAUGCUACAGUGGCUACUGAGAGUGAAUUCUUCCGUGUGAAAGUUUUUGACAUCAGCUUGAAGGACAAAUUCAUCCCAAGGAAGGUUAUUGCCAUAUCAGAUUAUAUUGGCCGCGAUGGGUUCCUGGAGAUAUAUAGUGCUUCAAGUGUGUCUGAUGUGAGCACUAACAGAAAGAUGGAGAUCUCAUACAGGCUGGUUCAAAUUGCCAAUGGGACUCCUAAAAUUGAAUAUCUUUGCUCACAAUGUACAGUAAAAUACGUGAAUGGGGUGUACACAGUGUAUAAGAAAAAUGUGAGGGAAGAUUGUACUUAUUAUGAAAUACAAGAUAAUACAGGGAAGAUGGAAGUUGUGGUGCAUGGACGGCUGAUCUAUAUCAACUGUGAGGAAGGAGAUAAACUUAAACUCUUCUGUUUUGAAUUGGCCUUCAAUGAAGAUAAGUGGCAGCUGAGGUCUGUAAAGCACAGUUACAUCAAGGUUAUCAAGGCCAGGAAAUUCAAGACAGGACCACUCAAUGCUGACUCACAUAGGGAAUCUUCACAGGAAUCUCCCUAAAUGCCAGUGCACCAUUGAUAACAAUGUUCACAGAGAUAAGAUCCAAGUACUGAAAAAAGAUACAUGUAUAUACAUAUAUAUAUGAAAUAUACAUAUAAAAUCCAGCUUUUGUGCUGAGGAUAUAGUUCAGUGUUAUAGUGCUUUCCUUGCAAGCAUGAGGCUGUGAGUUCAAUCCCCAGUACCACAAAAAUAAAUAGGAGUAAUAAAUGAAUAAAAACAAAAAUAGCACUUAAUUCUAAGUGGGAAUUACAAGUGUUUUUGUCCUCUACUUUUUUACAUUUUCUAAAUUCCAUAUUUUGCAUCUAUAACUUCUAUAAUUGUUUUUAAAUUAAUAAUAUUUUUCAAGAGCAAUGGUAGGCUCUAGUCACAAUUAAAUAGGCUAUAACCUGCUCAAAAAAAAAAAAAAAAAAAAAAGGAGGUAGAAGA